CAUGCUCAGUGUCGGCUACUCUGUGCCUUCUGCUGACGCCCAGCGCGUUCACUCUCGUUGCAACGGGACAGGGUCAGAAGCAAAUCUCCGAGUUACUCCUUAAAACCGCUCGAUCGCUCGCUCGCUCGCUCGCUCGCAAAUGGCUGCACCUCUGAAAGUGUGUGUUAUUGGCUCUGGAAAUUGGGGCUGUGCAGUUGCGAAAAUUAUUGGAAAGAAUGUCCAGACAAUUCCAAAAUUUGCGAGAACAGUCAAUAUGUGGGUCUUUGAAGAGAUGGUUAAUAACAGGAAGUUAACUGAAAUCAUAAACCAAGAACAUGAGAAUGUUAAAUAUCUGCCUGGAUAUAAGCUGCCUGAAAAUGUGGUUGCAAUUCCGGAUCUAAAGGAUGCUGUACGUGGUGCAGAUUUGCUUAUUUUUGUUGUGCCUCACCAAUUUAUCCGCAAAUUAUGUGAUGAAAUUGUUGAUCAAGUACCACAGAACGCUCUUGGUAUAAGUCUUAUCAAGGGAAUUGAUGAAGGGCCUGAAGGAUUAAAACUGAUUUCUGAUAUAAUCAGGGAAAAAAUGAAAAUUGAUGUCAGCGUAUUAAUGGGUGCCAAUAUAGCCAAUGAAGUAGCAGCAGAUAAAUUCUGUGAAACUACAAUAGGCAGCAAGAAUGUGCAGAAUGGAAACAUAUUCAAAGAGCUCUUGCAGACAUCCAAUUUUCGGAUAACCGUGGUGGAUGAUGCGGAGACAGUAGAACUCUGUGGUGCAUUAAAGAACAUUGUUGCAGUCGGUGCUGGUUUCUGUGAUGGGCUACUUAGUGGAGAUAACACAAAAGCUGCUGUGAUUCGCCUGGGUUUAAUGGAGAUGAUUGCAUUUGCCAAAAUCUUUUGCAAAGGAAGCGUUUCUGUUGCAACAUUUCUAGAAAGUUGUGGUGUUGCAGAUGUUAUCACAACCUGCUAUGGAGGGCGAAACCGUAAGAUUGCCGAGGCUUUCGUAAAAACGGGAAAGACCAUUGAACAGCUGGAACAGGAGAUGUUGAACGGCCAGAAGCUCCAAGGACCUCAGACAUCAGCAGAAGUGCACCACAUUCUCAAACAAAGAUCAAUGGUGGAUAAGUUCCCUUUGUUCACAGCCGUGUAUCAAAUUUGCUACGAAAGCAAGCCAGUGGGAGAAUUGAUAGCCUGCCUGCAGAGCCAUCCAGAACACAUGUAAAAUUGCAUUAUGAUGGAUUACUUCUGGUGUUCCUCGUGCAUGGGGCUAAUACGCAAUAUCGACGUGUGGAUCAUUAACUAAUGAGAUUGUGCUUGACUAGAUUGCUAUGAAGUAGAUUGUGUGACAUGAAUCGGUCAUAUCAAUGGAGAUUCCAUUAUAUUAUCAGUUAAUGUUUGCAAAUUUGUGGUGGACAGAGAUGAAUAUUCGGUCAAAAAAUGCCAUCCUGAACAGCCGACUUAAGAAUUGUUAAUCUGAGUGCCUAUUUAUAAUGGAAACACUGCAGCUGAUGGUUUGCAUGUAUGUUGGCGUGAACUUUGAGCCAACAUUUAUGCAAAACCAAAUUUAGUUAUUGGGUAUUGUCGACUAACAGCAGCAACAGUUCAAGCAUCAGAUUGCUCAUGGAAUAUCAGGUAUCACUAACUCUGUCACGACUACAGAAUAGUGUUGAACCUUAAUUUUUUUUUUAGAAAUAUCAGUUUUAUUAGUUAUUUUUAAUACUAUAAUGUGUGAAACUCCAUACUUUAAAGAGUUCUAUAAUUAUGAGCAUGUUGAUGUUAACUGUACUGAAUUGCACACCCGGCUUAUUGGAGGUUUCAGCCCAAAACAUAAUCACUUUUCCUGGAGAGAUGCAAAUGGACUGUCUCAGAUGGGGCAGUUUUGUUACUUUUAUACUUUUGAUGUUUCAUAUAAUCUUGAAGUGUUACUUCCUAAUGGUAGUUAAUUAACCUCUGAUCCAGAGGUCAUGGCUCCAAUCAGCAUUCCAAAAGUUUGUGUACUUAAUAUGAGGAUCCCUUGAUACAACAUUAGUAACAUCAAAAAUUGCAAUAUGAGUACAUUUCAAAGACAUGCUUAACCACUGCAAUCUCUCACCAACCUGACCCUGCUGAUCUAUACCUCCACAGCACUGACCACUUCCAAAGGGAUUUACUGUCACCAAUGUAUGGCCCCAUGAUUCAGUCUCCUCAUCCUGUCCAUUUGUCUGCAUUGGGCCCGCAUCCCUCCAUGCCUUUCCUAUCCAUGUACCUGUCCUUGCAUCCUUUAACCAUUGACUUUUCCAUCACCUCAGGCAGUUCGUUCCAGAUAUCCACCACCCUCUGUAUGAAGAAGCAAGUACGGUUUUCAUAAACCUAGCCUAUGAGGUACAUGAUUGCUCCUUUAGCAACAAAGGUUUGGGUCUCCUCUGCUGUUAACCCCUUCCCGUCUUGGCAGGCCAAACUAGCACUGAGAGAUGUCAGUACUGCUGCUUCUCAUUACAAUAGCAGCAGUCUUAUUUGCAGCUCAAUUCACAAUACAUCAAUAGCUUUGAGUUAAGCAGAUCUGUAAGAGUCUGCUGUGCAAUGGAAUUUUGAAAAUUUACCGGCCUGUUUCCACAGCACACAACAGACCCAAAGGCUGAUUAGUCGUGCUGUAAAAUGAAAAUGCUGAUAAUGCAGCAAAUUGUUGAACUAGGUCAAAGGCAGGUUUUAGAAACUGUGAGAGUGAGUGAGUAAAGCAAGGAUAGAUAUGCUAAUUAGUCACACACAGAACAUUUCAACAUUUACAAUGCCCUCCAUAAUGUUUGGGACAAAGACUCAUUUAUUUAUUUGACCUGACCCACUCUAAGGGAAUUGGGAAGGGCAAGUGACUAUCAUGUCAUUGAGUGAGCCUUUGGGGACCAGCGAGCACAGUUCGCUGGGUGUUCAAGGAGUUGCUGGGUGUCUGAAGACAUCUGAAGGCAGAUAGAUCUCCUGCGCCUGAUCAAAUAUAUCCAAGGACACUGUGGGAUGAUAGAUAACAUUGCAGGAGCCCUGGAUGUGACAUACAGUGUCCUCCAUAAUGUUAGGGACAAAGACCCAUCAUUUAUUUAUUUGCCUCUGUACUACACAAUUUGAGAUAUGUAAUAUUUAAAAAAAUCACAUUUGGUUAAAGUGCACAUUGUCAGAUUUUAUUAAAGGCCAUCUUUGUACAUUUUGGUUUCACAGUGUAGAAAUUACAGCUGUGUUUAUACAUAGUCCCCCCCAUUUCAGGGCACCAUAAAGUUUGGGACACAUGGCUUCACAGGCAUUAGUAAUUCCUCAGGUGUGUUUAAUUGCCUCCUUAAUUCAGGUAUAAGAGAGCUCUCAACAUCUAGUCUUUCCUCCAGUCUUUCCAUCACCUUUGGACACUUUUAUUGCUGUUUAUCAACACCAGGGCCAAAGUUGUGCCAAUGAAAGUCAAAUAAGCCAUUAUGAGACUUAAACAAGAAUAAAACUGUUAGAGGCAUCAGUCAAACCUUAGGCUUACCAAAAUCAACUGUUUGGAACCUCAUUAAGAAGAAAGAGAGCACUGGUGAGUUUACUAAUCGCAAAUGGACUGGUAGGCCAAGGAAAACCAACACAGCUGAUGACAGAAGAAUUCUCUCUAUAAUAAACAAAAAUCCUCAAACACCUGUCCGACAGCUCAGAAACACUUUUCAUGAGUCAGGUGUGGAUUUGUCAAUGACCAAUGGCCGCAGAAGAUUUCAUGAACAGAAAUACAGAGGCUACACUGCAAGAUGCAAACCAUUGGUUAGCUGCAAAAAUAGGAUGGCCAGGUUACAGUUUGCCAAGAAGUACUUAAAAGAGCAACCACAGUUCUAGAAAAAGGUCUUGUGGACAGAUGAGACGAAGAUUAACUUUAUCAGAGUGAUGGCAAGAGCAAAGUAUGGAGGUGAGAAGGAACUGCCCAAGAUCCAAAGCAUAACCACCUCAUCUGUGAAACACGGUGGUGGGGGUGUUAUGGCCUGGGCAUGUAUUGCUGCUGAAGGUACUGGCUCACUUAUCUUCAUUGAUGAUACAACUGCUGAUGGUGGUAGCAUAAUGAAUUCUGAAAUGUAUAGACACAUCUUAUCUGCUCAAGUUCAAACAAAUGCCUCAAAACUCAUUGGCCAGCGAUUCAUUCUACAGCAGGACAAUGAUCCCAAACAUACUGCUAAAGCAACAAAGGAGUUUUUCAAAGUUAAAAAAUGGUCAAUUCUUGAGUGGUCAAGUCAAUCACCCGAUCUGAAUCCAAUUGAGCAUGCCUUUUAUAUGCUGAAGAGAAAGACUAGCCCCCAAAACAAGCAUAAGCUAAAGAUGGCUGUAAUACAGGCCUGGCAGAGCAUCACCAGAGAAGACACCCAGCAACUGGUGAUGUCCAUGAAUCGCAGACUUCAAGUAGUCAUUGCAUGCAAAGGAUAUGCAACAAAAUACUAAACAUGACUACUUUCAUUUACAUGACAUUGCUGUGUCCCAAUCAUUAUGGUGCCCUGAAAUGGGAGGACUAUGUAUAAACACUGCUGUAAUUUCUACAUGGUGAAACCAAAAUGUAGGAAAAUGGCCUGACAAUGUGCACUUUAAAAAAAAUCACAUGUAUUUUUUUUUUUUCUAUUAUGAAUCUCAAUUUGUGGAGUACAGAGGCAAAUAAAUAAAUGAUGGGUCCUUUGCCCCAAACAUUAUGGACGGCACUGUACUAGCUUAAAGACAACUUAGCUUAAUAACUUAAAUGCAACGGUUGAAGAGAGGAGGAAAAUACUAUGGUUAGGUUUUUAAGAAGAAUUGUGAUUAAGGUAUUAGUUGUGGGUCCUUCCCUUGUGGCUGGUAAAAGUCAAUGAGAAAAUCUUAUGCAGUGGCCUUGUGAGAUCCUUGAUAAAUCUUGGAGGAUUAUUUGUUUCCUUGUUUUGAUUUCAAACCCAUUGCUACUGGGAAAAAAAAUCAUUACAUCAUGUAUUAGAACUAACCUAUCUGUGGGGAAGUGGCCUCAUUUUCUUGAAAAAUAUGCUGCAUUGUUAGUGGCUCAUUGCGCAAGUGCGUGGAUAAGAGACCCCAUGGGGGGAGAAAUGGAUGCUCUUCCUGACUGCUGCAAGGGAGGAAGCAGUUAGUAACUGACUUAAUGAAUGCUAGGCUGAAAAUCUGAAAAAAAUGAUUAGUUUACUUUUGCAAGAGAAAAUCAGUUGUAUAAAUUUAGGGAAGGAACUAAAGCAACUGCACUAAAAAAAUUAAAUUGUUCACUUUUUUCUACACUUCAGAUGUGAAUGAACUUGAGAUCCAUUGAGUGCCUUAUUUCUGAAGCCAUUAUUGAAGUAGGCUUGACUAAAGCAACAUUGUAGCUAAAUCUGGCAAAGUCUGCAAACCAUGCAUGUAAUAUAUAGUAUCAGAAGGGAUCACAGGCACUCAUCAGACCGUUGAAAUCAACUAAAAGGGCCACAUUACCAUUCUGCCUUCGAUCACAAGCAAAAUCAAAGCUAAAAGUGCAGUUAUUCUGUAUGACCAAUUGCUAACUGGAUUAAAUUAGCAGAUGUUUCAAAGCAAAUGAAGAUGGUAGAUUCCAAUUAUGAACACUGAGAUUCAGGAGAAUUUAAAUUUCUCACAUUUGAGAAGAUUGGGUAAUUGUCAGGUUUACAGUACAGCUUUUGUUUGUAGACUUCUAGAUCAGAUCUUACCCAGAGUUUGCAGACUGUUUUUACUGAAAGUCUGAAGCCUAAUUGAAUUCAAUUUAUCUGGCACAAUAAAUCAUGGCAGGAAGAAUAAUGUUCUUCCUGCAAAAAUCUGACAUAUAAGUAUUAUGAAAGGGAGGAACAGUUUGUUGGCCUGAAAAUCCUGAAUCUUAUAUGUAAAGAAAUUGCAUAGAAAUGCUACCUGAAGUGGCUUAAUCACUGGGUGGGUAUAUGCAGUGAUAUUAUGCUACUAAUGUUUUUACACCAAGAAGGUUCCAAAUUGUUCAAUGUUGAAUUGACAUAAAUAAUAGUGGCAACAGCUCCCUAUUCCUUUGAGAGCAGCAGUGGAAUUGAAGGACAGCGAUUUUCCUGGCAUUCCAAGGGUAGGAAUGGAAAUAAAAUUAGUGAGCAAUCCUGCUUUCAGUCUCCAUUAAUUUAUUUUAGAAAGGCUGUAUGUUGGAACAUUGGUAAAUACAGGCGCAAAGUCUCUUGUCUGGCAAUGAAAAGUGAACUGAAGUGAGUAGAUGGGGUACUUCUCUUAAGCGCAGAAAUGUAGAGGAAGAGAUUAUUAAAUGUUUAAAAAGAAGCAAGUCUAUUUGCAGCCUAUAGGCUAUAAAUCUAAAAUAGGUUCAGGGGUAGACACAAAAUGCUGGAAUAACUCAGCGGGACAAGCAACAUCUCUGGAGAGAAUGAAUGGACAACGUUUCGGGUCAGGGACCCUUUGUGUCCUUUGAGUUAAUC